UUCCUUGGUGCUGUUUUUUUUAUUGGUUAUAUGACAUUUAUUUAGUUGAAUGUGUCGAUAUGUUCGGAACAAAUUGAUUUUUGUUUUACAUCAUCAAUCUAAUAUGUUCCGAAUGUUAUUCACAUCCAAUUUUAAUUAAUUGUCAUAUUAUAAUCAUCACCGGGCUAGCAUUCAUCCGGUUUUUUUGAACAUUUUAAACAACACACAUCGAAACAGAAUUUUUCUUAAUUCCAAUUCAGUAAUGUCAUCUUGUGACGAAAAAUAUUAAUUUUUAUUGACAAAAAAAAUUAAGAAUAAACGAUAAUCAUCCAUCUGGUGACAGUGAUCAUCGUUAAACAAUCAAAUUUCCACGUAUAAACACUUGGUUACAACAUUCUUCAACAAAAAAAAUUUCGUCUGUUGGUUGUGUAUUAACUAAAAAUGUUUGACAUUGGAUUCCAAAAAGUUAAAGCAAAAUCGUAUUGAAACAUAUAUAAAAGGAAAUAAAUAAAUUCAUUGUUGGCCGUUGACCGAAUUGGUUUUAUCGGAAAAUCACCAUUAUCAGCUAAUUCAAAACAAUCAAUCAAUCUGUUUUAUUAUGUGCUGCAUGAAUUUAUGAAUAAUUUUAAUGAAUAUGUAGAAAUAUUUCCUUGAAUGAUCAAAGAAAAACAUCCAUCAAGUGCUGGCUAUAAAUAAUGACAGAACAAAUCUUACAUCUAAGCUAUCCAUAAUUUUUUUUGCGAAAUUGAAUACUGAUUGAGCACUGAAAUUCAUUUUUCCUUAGCCAUUCAGUCAAACAUCCAUUCAUUUAUAAACGAUUAGAAUUUUAUACGCCAGUCAUUUUGAUUUAUUUUUUGUUUUCUUUUGUAACUGCAUACAGCGUUUACAGCUGACAACAAAAUGAAGAAAAAUCAUUUCUGGAUGCUACCGUUGUUCUUAGCUCUAACCAAUGUAUUGGCCUGUUUUGUACCGUAUGCCAUUUCCGUUCAUACCGGAUUUGUGGAUCCAAUAUUACCUUAUGUUAGUGAUGCGGGUUCCGGUCCAAUUGCCGCUCAUUAUUUUGGUUUAUUUUUGGACAUGUGUGCUUUUUUAGUAAUGAUCAUCGGAUGGAUUCGUUAUAAACAGUUAAAUUUUUAUUUUGAAAAUAUCAAAACCAACGUAAUCAAUGUUGAUUGCGAUAUGGCUAAAUUGGAAACUCUGAAUCGACGAUUAUUAUAUGCAUUUUUUCUUACUGCCUGGGGUUUGAUUGGCGUUGGGAAUUUUCGUCUAUCCGAAACAUUUUAUCUGCAUUGGAUGUUUGCCUUUUUGAUCAUUUUUCCAACUUCAUAUUACUUGUAUUUUACGUGUUAUAUGUCACGCAUAUUGUCUCGAUUUGGUAUCGAAUCGUAUCCUGUUUCAUUAAUUAUUCUUCUUAUAUCGCAGAUUAUAAUUUUCAUUCUUUUCGUUAUUAUGAUCAUUAUAGCGCUAUACGCUGGUGAUGGUGUAACGUUCAACGCUUUUUUUGAUCUUUCAUUUCGCUUACAUUGGCCAAAGAAUCAGGCCGGUUACGUUUAUCAUUGUUUAUCCAGUGUUUUCGAAUGGUUAAUUUUUUUAUCAAAUGUAAUAUUAUGUUUUUGUCUUUCAAAUCGAUUCCGUCAAUUCAAACAAUGGAAUCGAAUUGAAUUCUGAUUUGUUCGAAAAUUACCACACACAAACAAUCAAAAUACUCAUUCAGUAAUAGUAAAUAAAACGCAUCAGUGAAUAAAAAAUUGAGUUUAAUCUUAAUCAAA